AUGGCCGCACGCAACAAUAACAACAACAACACGCGAGGCCCCUCGGGCAGGAAGAUUGAUCCUCUUCUUCCCUACUCCAUCAUUUCCGAAAAGACCAAGAAGCCCAGACUCCGUAUGCGUUCGCUUUUGGGUCCCUGCCAUGCUAGGCGAGUAUUCACCUGGCUUCUCGGCAUCGCCUUCCUCAUCACCCUGAUUUUUGUCAAAUCAAGAAAUUCUGGCUACAGUGUCGGAAAGAUGAGCGGAACCAAGACGCAGCAGCCCAUUGCGACUGCGACUGUCGUAAACACGCAGGGCGAGACUGUUGUCAUGCUCACUGGUGACAUGGACGGCGAUGGAAAGCUCGAGACCGUUCCCGAGGGUGAAUACGUUACUGCCGACGAAAAGAAGGAAGUUGCUGCGCAGCUAGAGAAGAUGCCUUGGUUGAGAUUUCCUCACCUUGACGGUUACUUUCAUGGUCUUCGCACCAUUGUCAGCAAGGCUGCUCUUAUCCCCGAAUAUCCUAACAUCACCGACAAGGCUCCUCUGCCUUCUCCUGCCAUGAACGACCAUGUACCAAAGCCUCAGAAGUACAUCCCUUACGAUCAUGGAAGCGAUGUCAAGACCUGUUAUCUCGACUCCAAAAAGACAGUAGCUGCCCCGGAUUUGUAUGCCUACAACGGUGUACCUCAGCAUAUGCCUGACCCUGCGAUCGGCUCUUACAAGCUACUUGGCAUCAGGGAUGACGUUUGCUUCGAUCGUUUCAGUCGGUACGGACCUUACGGCCUGGGCUAUAGUAGAGCUCAGGGCGGUCUUGAUACUGGAUUGGAUACUGAGGCUUCUGGAAACGAGGCUGUCUGGGCCGAAACCGGACAAAUUAACUAUAUUGACGUGAACUGGGCCGACGCGCAGGAGGAUUGCUACAAGACGAACAAGCACCGAUUCAAGCAGGUCAACCCUGAAACCGGAGAGCUCACAGAGACGAGUGAAAAGAAGGGACGUAUUGCUGUCGUCGUCCGUACAUACACUGGUUUCAAGUGGACCGAGCUCGCCGUCCUGAACUUCCGUGCUCUUAUCAGUGAGCUUUCUCUGCGAUCAGGAGGUGAAUAUCAGGUUCAUUUCCUGAUGCAGGUACGAAACAUUGAUGAGCCCAUUUGGUCCGACAAGUGGACUGUCCAGCGAAUCAUCAAUGACAACGUUCCUGCCGAGUUUCGAGGCCUGGUUUCGCUCUGGAGCGAGCCUCAAAUGAGACUUAUGUACCCCGGCCGGUUUGGUGAGACGAUCGAGAACCCCAGCGGUGCUGAUAUCCAUGGCAUCUACCGUAGCGCCCAUUUCCCUCUCCAGGUUUUCGCUAUGCAACACCCCGAGUACGAACAUUACUGGAACUGGGAGAUGGAUAUGCGAUACCUGGGCAGCUACUACGAGUUCUUCGACCGUCUUGGCAAGUGGGGUAAGGAGCAGCCUCGAACCCUUCUCUGGGAGCGCGGUGCUCGUUACUACAUUCCUCCUUACCACGGCACCUGGGAGAACUUUUCUCAAACUGUUCAGCAUGACACUCUUGCCUCUGGUCGCGCUCCCAUUUUUGGACCCGUGUCCUUCGAGGGCAAGGAGCAGCUCCGACACGACGAAUGGGGUCAGACUAUGAUGCCUCCUUCUUGCAGCUCUGACGCUCCCGAUCGAUCUAAGUGUGGUGUAGGCGAGGAUGCUGAUCUUAUCACUCUCAACCCACUGUUCGAUACCGAACAAUCGGGCUGGGUGUUCUCGGAUGACGCUACAGGCUACAAGGCCCCUCCUCCUCGACGAUGCGCCAUCAUUACAGCCUCGCGUCUCAGCCGACGUCUGCUAAUGUCUAUGCAUGAGGAAGUCUGGCGAUACCACCACACUAUGUUCUCCGAGAUGUUCCCACCUACCGUUGCUCUGCACCAUGGUAUGAAGGGAGUCUACGCCCCUCAUCCCAUCUUCCUGGAUCGUGCUUGGUACCCUUUCAGCGAGAUCGACGCUGCCUUCAACGCUGGUCGUGACCACUCAACAUCCGGUCCUGGCAGUCCCUUUGACCAGCUCAAUGAGCACAACCACAAGGGCACCAGUUGGUACUUUAACAGCGAGUUUGCUGGUCUCAUGUGGCGUCGAUGGUUGGGCUACGCUCAGUUGGACGGUCGUGGAAAGCAUGGUGGUCGUGCUAAUGAGGGACGAGAGCGAGGUGGCAAGACAGAAGAGAUGAGCGAUAAGAGCAGCGGCCGGUUAUGUCUACGUGGUAUGCUGGUGCAUCCCAUCAAGUUCGAGCAUCCUUCGGAGAAGCCCUAA